UUUUUUGCGCAUGCUCAAAAAAGCAGACGACGGGCUUUAAAAUGGACGAUUCGAACAAAACGGUCUUCUUUAUUACAACACCGAAUCUGGACGAAUUAAUCGGGAUAAAGUUAAAAAUCGAUACGUCUUCUAUUAACAGUGAUAAUUAUUAUAAUAAGAAAAUCCAGAAAUGUCGAGAAAUUAUUUUUAGAAGAAGUGAAAUUCUGGCAUCGCCUAUUUUAGAAUUGGACACUAUGAUUUCAGUAAUUAUGAAAUUAGAAGACUGGAAUUAUUCGGAUAUAAAAUCAGAUUUAUUACAUAUGAAAUUACAUGUAGUAAGUACUGAAAAUGUCACUAUAUUUUCUCUCAAACAAGCCUUGAUUUAUACCAUAUUAGCAAAAUUAGCUCCGAAAUGGAACCAAGUUGGUAAUCUGUUAGUUCAAGGAAAAGAUUUUUUAUUACAAGAACAACCAUUAAAUGCAGUUGAUUUAGAAGUAAUGGUAACAAAAAAGGAAAUCCUUCUUUGUAUUGAAGCAAUCUGUAUCAAAUUUCCAAAAAUGAAGAUUAAAGAAGAGCUUUACGAAUCUCCUAUACGUGAUACGGAACAGAAUGUUGUAAUUGAUUCGUGUUACGUGCUACCCAGCUUGAAGAAGGGUUUAAUAUCAUCCGUAUGGAAAGUCUUUCCCGAAUGUAGUUUACCAAAUUUCAAGGCUAUGAGAAAAUAUUGGAAAAAUACUUACGGAUAUCGAUUACCAGAAAACGAUGACAAUAUUAUUUACUAUAACGUUAAAUUUUGGGCGGAUUCAGAUAAAAUAUUUACGUAUCCCGAUUUAUGUGUAAGACCAGAAAAGCCUACAAUUAUUCUACAAGUAAAUACUCAAUCAAUAACAACAGUUUUUCUAACUGAUUUACAACAACAAAUGAAUCAAUUAUUUCAAAGAAAUUCCGAAUUUAGUUUUCAACCAUUACAUAUCUAUAACCAACCUAAAUUCCCAACUGAAGUUUUAUCACCUAAUAUAUCACAUACAUCACUUAGUAAACCUUAUCGCAGUUAUACUUCAUAUUUAGCUGAUAUAACUCCUGUUAAACCAAUAGAAACAGCAGAAAUAAAAUCGCCUUACUUUACAAACACUAAUACAAACAAUUCUGAUGUAAUUAAAUCAUCAAAAGGAUUAAAAUUAGAAUCAAAAAUAUUAAAUUAUUACCCAAUAAUUCGUCAAGUUACAAGAACGAUGAAUAAAACAAAAAAGUUUAAGAAAGUGAGACAAUUUCCAAAUGUAACUUUGCACUCAUUCUUCAGCACUAAAAAAACAUCGGAAAACAGCAUUUCUCUUAAAUCUAACCCAUUAAAACAAAAGAAUUUAAAUGAAAGAUUUGAUUUAUCAUCUAAUGUAGAAGAUUCUAAAAAAGCAAUGACAAAAAAAGGCAAUAUCACGUUUACAGAAAGAAAUGAAGAAAAUCACUUGUGUAAUUAUGAAAAUGAAUUAAAAAUUAUUAAUAAAUCAAAAGAAAAAAACUCAAAUCUGACUGAAGUUAUAAACUUUUUAAAAAAUCUGUAA